CCUAGGCAGUGUCUGCCCUCAUCAAAGAUGGCGGCCGGAAGCGUUCCGGGCUAUUAGGCUCCCACCCCUCGCUCCUUCCCGCGCUGCUGGGGUUAGCGGCCGACAUGGCGGCGGCUGAGUUGGAGUACGAGUCUGUCCUCUGCGUGAAGCCCGAUGUUAACGUCUAUCGCAUCCCGCCGCGCACUUCCAACCGCGGGUACAGAGCAUCUGACUGGAAACUGGACCAUCCGGACUGGACAGGGCGGCUUCGUGUCACCUCCAAAGGCAAAACCGCAUACAUAAAACUGGAGGAUAAGGUUUCAGGGGAACUCUUUGCCCAGGCUCCUAUAGAUCAAUACCCUGGCAUUGCAGUGGAGACUGUGACAGAUUCCAGUCGCUAUUUUGUCAUUCGAAUUCAGGAUGGGACUGGACGAAGUGCUUUUAUAGGCAUUGGCUUCACGGAUCGUGGUGAUGCCUUUGACUUCAACGUCUCUUUGCAGGAUCACUUCAAGUGGGUGAAGCAGGAGACUGAGAUCUCCAAGGAGUCCCAGGAAGCUGACACACGUCCCAAAUUGGACUUAGGGUUUAAGGAAGGGCAGACCAUAAAACUGAACAUUGGGAACAUGACGACAAAGAAAGGAGGAGCAGCCAAGCCCCGUGUGUCUGGAUCAGGGGGCCUAAGCUUGCUGCCACCCCCACCGGGAGGCAAAAUCGCAGUCCCUCCUAUACCUCCCCCUUCUUCCACAGCCAUUGCCAACCAUGUCACACCACCACCCGUGCUGAAAUCGAGUAACGUGGGUAGUGCAGAUAUUCUAUUAGACCUGGAUGCUCCUGCAUCUGCAUCCAAGGCACCAGCAUCAGCUACCACAGACCUCUGGGGAGACUUCAGCACCGCGUCCAGUGCUGUUCCCAAUCAGGCUCCUCAGCAGUCCAACUGGGUCCAGUUCUGAAUGGCCGAAGCAGUGGAAUGGGACAAACCGAUGACCAAGAGGCUUUAGAGGCACCAAAGGGGAUCAGAGGGGGCACAAAUCUCUCUAGUCUUCAAUCAAAAACAAAUUGGGACAAUCCUUCCUUUUUAAACCAGAUCUUCACUUCAGUCAAAACUUAGUAUUUUUCAUCCUACAGUGAAGCCACUGAACCUAAAGAGAACAUACUGACUCCUCCCAAGAUGGGCAAGGAGGAGAGAGGUCGCCUCAUCUCUUCCACCUACUUGGCCAUUACGUGGUACAUCCUAGCUCUUUUUCCCUGUCUUUCUCUACAGGGAAAACAGGAAUCCUGAAGAAGGUGGGUACAGGAGGAGGCUGGGAAGGUGCCUCUGGGUUCCUUGUCCUUUAAAUUUUCUCUGGUUAGGCUGUUGCUUUUUGUGACUGCUUUCCAUAGUGACUCAAGUCUCUGCAGCUUGCCCUGCAGUUCUGAGGGCAGCUGCAUUUGGCUUGCAGCUUGUAAAUGGAAGCUGUAAGGAGCUAGGUCUUCUCUCAACACAAAACUCUCUUUGAUUAAUAAUGUCUGUGAUGAGGAGUGAAUCUCCCCAUGCACACACUACUCUUCUUUGGUGCAAUUCUUGAUAGUGCUGGAUGUUCCCGUGCUCUUGUGGGAGGAGUCAGGCAAGUCCUUGAGUACUUGAGUGACCUGCUGUCACUGUGUUUUAGCACCGGGUGGGUACCCCAUCUUAAGGCCCCUUGUUUGGCUUGCAGGUUCACUGAAGGAACUUCUCUCAUUUUCACUUCUUUCUCCCUCCUGCCCCAUGCAAAAGCCUCAGUGUCAUUGAGCUGUUUUAACUGGAAAUAGCUUAAAAAAAAAAAAAAAAGCGCGCCUGUUUUUUAUAAUUUGGUAGUUACUUGCACUAGAUGACAACCAGGUAAUCCCACUACUCAGCAUUUCAUGUUCCUGCGUCACUAUCCUGAGCCCUGGCCUUGCGUUGUGACUUGGCACUGUACUGCAUAUCCAUGCCACAGUAAGAACUAUGGUGGUGGGACAGUGGAUUAUUCUCUGGCAAAGGGACAGUGUCCUUCCCCUUUUCAGCUCACACUUACCAUUUGGGCAAGAAAUAUAUGGUAGGCCCAGUAUUGAACUGUGGCAGUGAAGUUCUCCCACCUGUGUUCCUUCUGGUGGCUUUUCUUCUGAGGUUAACUUUCUAGGGGUGUGAGCUGAUUAUUGUAACUUGGAUGUUUUUUUAUUUUUAAUGUGCCCCAACCCCCCUCUAUUUCCUGUGUGGUUUAGGGAGUUAGAAAGGGGUAGAAGGCCUUUACUGUCUGCUGUUCUCUUCGGGAGAGUUUCCUAAGGCCCUUUGAUCUGGACGCUAUUCCACCUUCAGCAGCCGUGUAUGUAAUCUAGGGUGUAAAUCUGCUGAUUACUCUGAGCAAAGCCUGUGGGCAGGCUGGAAACCUCACAGUGCUAGCUACCCUCUGUGCUAGCCGAUAAGCCAGAACACUAGCUGGGAAGGUGGUCUCAGUGACUCUUCUAUAGCUGUACCCAGUUACUAGAACUCUAGGAUUUUGGUACUUCACUGGAAGGCUUCUUCCUGUUUGAACACUCUACCAGCAGCAACACUUUUGUAACUGGGAUAUGCUCUGCUACCAUGCUUGUGCAAGUAAAUUUUUCCCUUCAGGCAAAGAUUGUUUGGUGAGGCUUUUAAAAGAGAGUAGCUAGUUGUAUGCACCUUGCACUUGCAAAGGUCUCGUCUUUUUUGUCGUCUUACUACAGUGAGGGCAUUUUGGAGACAAAGUUUCGCUUAUACCAAUCCCUCGGGGAAGUAAAAUUCUUCAAAAUAGCUCUGAAGCUGCUGCAUUUCCACUUAUGAAGAGGGGACCAGACUGCUCUUGGACGUAUUUUAAGUAGUUAUUUAAUCCUGAUCCUCUGGCUUUCUUGGUGUUCCCCCUGCUACCCCUCUCCCAACUCCAUCGUCCCUCCUGCAGUCUCAUUGUACUUAAACUUCGUGCCUCCUCUGAAUUCGUGGGUGGCUAUACAUGAACUCUGCUGGUUGUUUCCUUUUUCUUUUUUUGCUCAAAUCAUUGUGAGGUCCUGUCAUUUCAACUAUGUAUCAGUUCCCCAAACCAAGGAAGUUCAUGACACCGAUUAACAACUAACUAGGAGCCUCUUCUGUAUUGUCUUAGUUAGUGUUCUGGAGAUAAUAUAUUAUGUAUUUGAAAAGCUGAAGAAGAAAAAAUUAAAGAUAUAUGUAUAUAAAGCAUAAGAUGUACUGGUGCAAAUGGUAAUUAAACAAGUAAUAUUGGGGAAAAGAAUGUCAUGAGUCUUCUAAGUUGUCAAAAUGUUGUUGCCUUGGAAGCCCUGCAGAUGGAUGGUCUUUAUGUUGCCAGCAAGAUCCUAGUAGCCUGCUUAUCCUUCUGCAAAUGUGCAAUGACCUGCAGACUGGACAAGAGCAACUUAAUGAGUGAACGGGUUCAGGCUCUGUCUGAGCGAAGGAGUAUGGAAGGGGGACACAAAAUGACCUAUGUCUGGCCCAAAUGGGGUUUAAAAAAACCAAAACCAAACAACAACAGCAGCAAAAAAACCCACGACCCACAAAAAAACCUCCAAAACAAACUACAACCGAAAAAAAAACAAAACACCCAACCAAACCUCCAAGCCCGCAACAUGGAAACAGGCCUGACUGUAGUGGUGUGUGUGAUGCUUGAUAAGAAUGCAGAUAACACUAAUAAGCGAGAAAACUUAGCUGCCCUGCCAUUAAGCAUUUCAGACAUUACAGGCUUCUACACCCUGCAGCUGUUUUACAAGCGUGGCAAGAAUCAAUUCUGAAAUGGGAAGCAGUCGGCUGAGCGCAGAGGUGAGGAGGUGAGCUGAGUUGGCCCGUUGUCAGGGAGCAGCAAGGGCAGGCUGCUGUGAAAGGGAGAGCAAGCUGGAAGCUGAGUCACAGCAAGGCGGGCAGGGGCAGUGGCCUCACCAACAAAGGAACAGUCCCACGGUACCUAAGCAGGAAGAUCUGAGCAGGUCAGGAGGAGGAUUUAGAUCAGCUGGGUACAUGGCCAGGCAUCGGCAUGGCUGCACUAGCUCAGGCAGGGAUCAAGGCUGAGAACCUUGGCGAAGGUAAGCUUGCAGGCAAACCUUGCUGAGGUUUCUCAAAGCCAGACACCCUUACUAUUUAACCUGUACCUGAGUCCAGGCAGCCACUCCCCCAGAAGAUGGAGAAUAUGCACAAGGCCCUAACAAGCUUUUAUCAAGCCUGCUCAGAGCCAUAUCUUCUCGCACAGACACACUCUCGGUGUUCCUUUGCCAGGCGGCGAAGCUCUACAUAUGGUUUUGUUGAAGUCUUGUGGCCUGGAUAAAGAUGAGAAGUCCUAACCCUUUAAGUCAGCUGUAAGGAUAAGACCAGUAAAUGCUUGGUGUCACUGUCAAAUAUUCUAGUACCUGUGGUGGCCAAAAAAAACCCAACUUUUUUUCGGAUCUAGAAGCAAAGUUGGUACCCUAUUUUGGUAAAUAUGGCGGUAAACAUUUUGGUAAGUAGGGUGGAUGUAUUUCAUAGGUCCUGGCCAAGCAGAGGUGAAGGGUCUUGUCCAUGAGCUAUGGUGAAGCUUCUCUGACUUUUCAGUAGGUACUUGUAGCAAAAAGGGUUGAAUAGCCUAAGAGGGUAUUUUUCGAGUAGGAAGAUUUUCAGGUGAGAUGUACCUAGGGGAGGUGCUGGCAUAUGCUCCUGUUUGUGCGUAGAAGACUGGGAAACAGUUCAUCAGAGAGAGCUUAGUCCUCUCUGGAUAUCUUCGUGGUCCCCGUGUUUUUCCUCACAGUAAGGCCUACUAAAGCACAACAUCUUGAUGCGUCUUGUGUAAAUCCUCUCCCCUUUCUCCUUGGUGCCCAUCACGAACAAUCUUUCCAUCCCCAGUGGGAGAAGGUGGCUGUGACAGUAAGUUACUGGUGAAAUGACUUGCCCUGUGACUGAACCAGCUGAAUCCUCCCACCUCUUCCUGCACUUUCUGUUGCCCGUGGUUUCUUCUAGUGUAGCACAAGCCAGGCUACUUGAAGCUAGCUGCCUUGAUACCUAUAGUCUGAUGUUGCAGACAACAGCGUUCUCUAGGUAAAGGAUUAAUGCCAGGUCUUUAAUGUGAAUCAGUACAUCAAACUGAGCAAUAUCUCCUGAACGUUUAUUAUGUUCCAUAUAAUAGAUCAGCUGGUUUCCUUAGGCGACUGGGAAGAGAUGCCCUCAGUCUGAGAGGGACAAUGGUCAAAGAGGAAGAAAAAUUUAUGCCAAAUGGGACACAGACUGUAGCACAUACAAAGAAUCAAGAGACAAGUGUCAAAGGGAGGAUCCCUGUUUUGUCUGGUUAUUGGUUGUCAUUUCUUUUGCAAGAGCCAUAGUUGAGGUGGGAUGUGAGCAUUUACUCCUCUUCCCCCAUUAAUUCUGGUCUACGUUCUGUGACUUCAAGCUCCUGUUUCACAGACAUGGAGUAAUUGUUCCUUUUACAGCCACACAAUAUGGAUUGCAGGCACAAACCAGCUAGCUUUAACAAAGCCUUGGUGCUGCGUGUGUACUCCUGAAGAAAUGGAGAGGAAGAGAUGUCCACUGGAGGAAAUCAAUCAAAAAUCGAACAAGAAACCAAAAAAAAAAACCAAAUAAAAAUCGAACAAGGAACCAAA